CUGUUGCGCAUCGCCUCACAAAUCAGAGUUUUGUGAAGUUUUUAUUAAUUUAAUUGUCAUAUUUUGACUGAUUUUGGCGAUUUUCAAUUAUUUCAACGCAGCAUGGAUCAGAUAGCUCUCAUAGUUUGCUGAAGAAUGUGGCUUUUGCUUGGUUAUUUUCAAGUUAUCUGUGAUUUGGUGCGCCGUGAUUGUAGCAUUAUACAAAUUUUAUCAUUUUAAAAAAAUUGAAUCAACUUUUGAAGUGAAGUUCACAUGAAAAAUCAAAAGUUCAAGCAUAAUAAUUGUUUAAACAUAAUGAUGCAACAUGUGUCUCCCAGAUGGAACUUAUAUUUCAAUUGAAAACUGAAAAUGGAAAACAGAAGAUGGAUCUGCGGAGUUACUGAGAUCACAAGGUGCUCUUGAUUGUUGGUAAUUGAAGAUGUUGAGAAAACUUGUGAAUCUGCAUACCAGUCCUGACUUGCUUGAUUGUUUAAAACUAUUUUAAUUCUCAUAAUUGUGUAAUGUGUAGUGACUGUGCACACUGCGCAGCACAUGUGCGCAGAAAUGUGCAGGUGGCUGGUUGGUGGGUUGAACUUCGGAGAUGCGAAUUUGGAUGUCAGUUAUAAAAUUAAUGGUUAUGCCUUGUAGAGUAAGCUCUGCUGUUUCUUUGUAAUUGUCUUUUAUUUUAAAAUUGUAACCUACAAUGCUGUUAGUUUCAUUUUUAUUAAAAUGCUCGACCAGAAUUUGCACUUGUUCAUGCAUGAUGGCUAAGUUUGGGGUGUUUAUUCAACCCUGACUGCUCAAGUUUUUCAAAGGCACAUGACACAGCACGGCUAGAUCAGCUGGUACCUACCUGUUGACUAUUUUUUGUUUUUGGUGGUGAUGUGUUUGCUGUUUGUCUUUUGCAAGGUGGUCAAUGAAAUAAAAUAAUGCAUUAUUUUGGAAUGUUUCCUUGACAGAAGCCAGGAGCCGGAUUGAUGUGUGCUGGUGAAUGAGAUGGUUCAAAAGCAUUAUCUGAUGUUUUCCAAUGUGCAUAAGCCAUAACAUCCCUUUCAUACGCUUAAGUUUUAAUAGCUUCUCAGUCUCUGUCAUUUUCCUGGAAUAUUGGUGUAGAUAAGAGAUAUCAGUACCUUCUCAGAGGUACCUGCCUUCUGCUGGAUGAAUAUUUUAUUGGUUUGACGAAAUGGACAGGUAGCCUUAUGAUAAUGUAAUGUGAAAUCUUAUUUCUAUAAAACUUUGAAAAUUAAGUUCUAAUUAUUCAUAUGUGCAUACAUUUUUGAUGACUAAGAAAGUUUUCCACAAGAGUAGAAAAUGUGGGAAAGUCUAUCAAAUAACACAUUCUGAAGGCUCAAUGCUGACAGAGUGCUGCCUCAAAGAAUAACUGACUUGCUGGGUUACGAAUAUUUCUUUAUUAUAAUUUUCAAAUUAAAUGUACAAUACAUUGCAGUGAAAUAACAAAAUAGUGCAGUAAAAUAGUAUUGGCGACGAUCAAACAACACGUGCGCCAUUGAUGUCUGCAAAAAUUGCUACCAGAUUGCUACCAAAUCCGUGACGUAGCUGCGGCGCCUUUAUUUCCCUAGUGAACCAACCUGAGUAGUAAAGUAAUCUUGCUCUGGCUUGUCUAGCAGUGCCAUCUAUAAUAGAAGUCUUCAACUAGCAGUUUGGCACUUAUGAUCGCCUAGAUGACGCUACCAAUCGGUUUAGGUAUUUGUUUGACUUGAUGAAUGAGCGCAACGUGAAUAAAUAGGUAAUUACUGACUCUCGAAUCUGCUUAGAAAGUCAUUUAGAGCGUAUGUGAUACUUGUUACCAAAUAUCUUACGCACUCAGUUUCUGCUUCGUGUUUUCCAUGCCUUUUGAAUCGAUCAAGAAAAUGUCACUGCUCAGAGGUUGAAGAAUUUAAAGAAGCCUGUAAAAACAUGGAGGACAUGAAAGUGAUUGAUGGCUCAAUCAUGGAAGGGGGUGGGCAGGUGCUGCGGAUGGCAGUGUCUUUGAGCUGUCUGCUAGAGAAGCCCAUCAAGAUCACCAACAUCAGGGGAGGCAGAUCGAAGCCAGGACUGAAGGGUCAACAUUUGGCAGGUUUGCGGCUGGUGUCGGAAAUGUGCUCCGGUCGGCUGACUGGAGAUGCCAUCGACUCGACGGAGAUCACGUUCCGCCCGGGCCGGGUCACGGGGGGCAGCUACUCGGCCGAGACAGGCACCGCUGGGAGUGUCGGCCUCCUGCUGCAGGUCAGUCUGCCGUGCGCCAUGUUCGCCUCAGCGCCGACGCGUCUGACGCUGCGCGGCGGCACGAACGCCGCCUUUGCGCCACAGAUCGACUACACGCUGAAUGUGUUCCGUCCACUGCUGGAGCGCUUCGGCGGCAAUCUGCAGUGUGACGUGAGGCGCAGGGGCUAUUUUCCGCGCGGCGGCGGCCUGGUCGAGGCCUCGGUCAGCCCCGUCACCCAGCUGCGCCCCCUCGAGCUGCUGGAUCAGGGACGGCUGGUUGGCGUCACCGGUGCAGCGUUUGUCGCCGGAAAGCUGCCGCUGAGGGUGGCGGAUAGCGUGGCGGCGGCGGCGCGGCGCCGGCUGCAGGCCGCGCUGCCCUCCGUGCCGGUGCGGGUGGAGGCCGUGCGGGACCCGGAGGGCGCCGGCCCGGCCUCUGGCCUGAACCUGGUGGCCGAGACGGACACGGGCUGUCGGCUGGGCGGCUCGGCGCUGGGCGGCCGCGGCGCCACCGAUGACCAGGUGGCCGCCACCGCCACCGAUGAGCUGCUGCGAGCCGUCUCCGCCGGCGCCUGCGUCGACCAGUACUGCCAGGACCAGUGUGUGAUUCUGAUGGCGCUGGCUGCCGGACGGUCUCGGAUCAGGACAGUGAAGCCCACGUUACACACGGAGACGGCCAUCCACAUAGCCGAGCGACUGACACAGGCCAAGUUUUCUGUGGAGAAAUGCGACUCUGAAUCGGGCGACAGUUACAUCAUCGAGUGCGAGGGCAUUGGUCACUGCCGGGACCGACAGGAUCCUGAGACGUAAUGUCUGUGACUCUGCUGAACGGAGGGAGACGGUCGACAAGAUCAGGACACUGCUGGAGGGAGGGACACGGUCGACAGGUUAGACACUGUUGAACGGACGAAGACUAUCGCCAGGGUGUGGACCGUGGAGGCUCGUAGACGGAGCGGGGUCACGGCCUUCGUCCGAGUCUCGUGUCCAGCCGUCAGCUGUGAACCCGCUGGCUGGCAGGGAGAUGAUGUACGCUCUGCAGUUAACCUCGUCCUGUGAUCAGAUGUGGGGCUGAGCUGAGCUCGCUGGCGAAAAUGCAUCCAGUUUUAUUUUCUUUGCCGUGUGAUCCUGUCUGUCUGUGAUAACAACUCACAUAUUUGUGUUUGGUGUGCCGGAUUUGUGAUCAGUGUAAUGCUGUGUUUUGCUAUGUUUUGUGGCACAUGCAUGUUAAAACCUGAUUUUGGUGAAUGAAUAUAACAAUAUUCCCAUC